UACUACCACCAUUAGCAAGGGACUUAUUAUAUAUGUCCGCACGUCUUAUUUACUUUCGCUUGAAACUGAUUUUUUUUUCUCUCCUAAAAAUGUGAAUAAGCUAUGACUAAUGAGUGAUUCAGUACUUUUCACAAUUAUUUCCUGAAUCUAUAUAUUAAAGCAGUUUAUACACAAAAUAACAGCUCCUGUUGAAGAUACACAGGUAGAGUGAAUGGAGAAUUGGCGAUGACAUGCUGUUUAGGGAGGACGUUCGCUUCAACUAGUUUUAGUAAUUGAAAAAAACAAACAUACUGAGAAAAAAUUGACUAAAAAAAAAAAAAAAAAUCCAAUACAAAACUGCUGUAUUUUAAGCCAAAAGAACUGUUGUGCUUGAUAGAACAAUGUGUGUAUGCUGCCAUAGCAGAUUCGUAGCACAUUAAACCCCAAAACUAUUUUUAAUUUGUCCGUUUUACCCUGGAGACCCCCGUUUACAGACGUCGCGCACCCGCUUUUGUUUCACCCAAGCCAUAAAAAGAAGGAAAGAAGAGACCUUUUAGAAUGAACUGUGGAAAAAGUCACGGCAGUAACGGGGAUAAUAACCCACUGAUGCAGUACAUUCUGCGCCACUCCAUGAGGGAACAUCCUGCCUUGGCUAACCUCAGAGAGAAAACAUUGGAGCAUGACAGAAAUGUAAUGAUGGUCUCCUGCGAACAGUCACAGUUCAUGGCCAAUUUGGCCAGACUGAUCAAAUCCAAGAAGGCCAUCGAGAUCGGAGUGUACACAGGCUACAACACACUAAGCAUAGCAUUAGCGUUGGCUGAUGACGGCGUCAUUGUGGCGUGUGACGUCAAUGAGAAAUAUGCUAAUGUUGGCAAACCCUUCUGGAAGGCGGCAGGAGUGGAAAAGAAAAUUGAUCUUCGCAUUCAGCCAGCAUUGACCACAUUGGAUGAGCUGUUGGCUGCCGGCGAGGCUGAAACGUUUGACUUUGUCUUCAUCGAUGCAGACAAAGUCAACUACGACGCCUACUAUGAAAAGUCUUUACAACUUAUCAGGAAAGGCGGCAUCAUCGCCAUCGACAAUGUCCUUUGGGGCGGAAGCGUGCUAAACCCAUCCCCGAAUGACCUGUCCACGGUGGCCAUCGACAAGCUGAACAAGAAGCUUCAUAGAGACACUCGCAUCAACCUCAGCAUGCUCACAGUAGGAGAUGGCCUAACGCUGGCUUUCAAGCUGUAGGUUGCAAUAGGAAGUAAGGUGUCGACACUGCCAGGAUGUUUGAUGACUGACCUCACUGUGCAUUUCCUCAAAUAUUGUCCAGCUGUGUCAUUUACUCAAUUGCAAAAAAAAAUAUGAGUGUUAAGGAAGCGGUUUGAAAGCCUUCAACUUCAAAUUAAAUAGCAUCGAUGAGUUAAAAUGUACUGCACAUUGAAGUAAAAAUUGUACCAAAGUUUAAAAACAACACAAUAUGCUUAUUAUGUGAAGAAUAUACCUCAUGUUGUAUUACCUGCUUGACUGUGUUUAAAAAAAAAAAAUUGGCCAACCCCGUAGUUUUCCAUGAAUUUUCCAUUUGUCAUGUCAAUGUGACCAAUUGGGGUAAGGCAUUUUCUAGCAUAGAGACUUGAUUGAGGACAACCACAAUUCCACAUCAAAACAGUUUGAAUUUUGUAUGAAUUUUAAAUGACAAAAAUUGUAAUUAUAAAGACACUUUUUUUCUAUUUGUUGCCUGACUGGGGCAAUGUUUUCUGACUCUUAAUUUUCUGUGAAUUGCUGGCUUUUGAAGCCAAACGCUAAUGUGAUUAAGGGUUAUUUGAAUAAAUUUGAACUGACUAUCAUGCA